UUCCUGACAUACCCUCCAAAGAACUGCAACUAUGCUAGUGAGGCUGCAGGAGCGUUAAACAGUUCUUCCCUGGUUCUUUAUUUUUUGCUGCUUUUCCAUGCAUUCCUGUCCUGUUUAGGGCUGGGCCUUUUUCCUUUUUUAUUUGUAGUCUGCACGUUUCUUAGGAUAUUAGAAAAAACAUGCUGAAGAUUCACUGUGAGGCAUGGCUAUUUUUGUUAGAAGCUGAUACUUCAGACUGAGCUUUAAGGGUUGCCUCUGGAAGGCCUUAAGUUGCUGUGGUAGGACAGGAGUCUGCAGAGGAAACAGAAAGUUCAGAGAGGUGCAAAAGAAGAAGGAACAGAAUUAGAAAAAGCAGAGGACCUCCCUCCUUCUCAUUCUGCAGCUCCUGCAAGAGCCAGCAAUCCAGAAGUAGUAUCUAAGCUGCCACGGUAGAUCUUGACCUUUUUAAGAGAGUAUCUCUUACCUUCAUCAUCAUGGCCGAGAUUACAGCAGAAGGACGUAUGUCUACAACCACAACAAUAAUAGAUGGUAAAAACGGAUCUGUGCCCUCAUCAUCCAUGAAAGUGGGCAAGAAAUCAGUUACAGAAGAUCUCGUGACAACGUUCAGCUCACCAGCAGCAUGGAUUCUUGUUGUUGCUCUGAUUGUUACCUGGUCAGCAGUAGCUAUCGUAAUGUUUGACUUGGUGGAUUACAAAACCUUUGCAGGCACCUAUUCACAGCAUUGCGAUGAUCCCUGUUUACCGCCUGGAAGAUCUGUUAACAAGCUCAGCACAGAACCACUGAGAAUCAUCCAUCAGACACUGGAAGAAUCCACUGAUUGGCUUUAUGGCUUUAUUUCUUUUCUGUCUGACAUUGUAUGGAGUGAUGAUGAUGACGGUGAUGAAGGUGAAGUGGAACCUUCCAUGAAAAAAGAAAUUCAUAAACAGAAACCGGUGAGACAUGAAAAACGAACAGCACCAAAGGUAAUUCACAGAGACAAACCUGAAAAACAAGAAAAAGUUGAGAGGAAGGAACCCCCAAAGGUGACACAAAAAGACAAACGGGAAAGACAAGAAAAACUUGAAAAAAAGGAAAGGCACACAGUUACACACAAAGAGAAACCUGAAAAGCCAGAAAAACAUGAAAAGAAAACACCUUCUAAAGUAAUUCAAAAAGACAAACCUGAAAGACAUGAAAAAGCUGAAAAGAAACCUCCUCCCAAAGAGGAGAAGAAAGUAAAGAGCACUAAAGUGGAAGCAAAAGUUAAAAAGGAAGUGAAAGAUGGAAAAGGAGAAGGAAAGACGACUGAGAAGGUCAAGCAAGCAGAGACUAAAACAACAGAAGUUGGGCUAAUAAAGGCCAAACCGAAAGUUAAGGAGGAGAAAGCUCUUCAGACUAUAACUAAAUCGGAAAAGAAAGAUCAAUAUGCAUUCUGUCGCUAUGUGAUUGACAUGUUUGCACAAGGGGAUUUUUAUCCAGGACAUAAGGAAAUGGUACCACCUCCUCUUCUUCUAGAACAUAGUCCAAGAAAGAACCCACCAGCUAUUGAAGAGAGAAAAGAGGAGAAGAAGAAGAAGAUUGAUGUAAGCAGGGUGGCAACUGAAACAAAGAAGAAAGAAAAAGAAGGAAAAAAAGAGAAAGCUCACGAGAAGACAACUGUCCCUGAAAUUAAGAAAGCAGAUAAAAAAGAAGCUGCUGUGUCCAAAGAACCCAAAAAGGCAGCAAAAGCUCCUGCAGCCAAACCAGCCAUCAAAAAAGCAACAGAACCAGAACCACACAAGAAAGAAAAAAUGAUGGAAAUUGCCAAAACAUCAAAGAAAGAAACAAAAGUACAUGCCUCUGUGGAAACUCUGAAGUCAAAAGCUGUACCAGGAAAGAAGGAAGAAAAAACAAAUAAGGCAGCAGAGCAAGAUAAAUCCAAGAUGAAACAAGGAAAUCCUGGAAAAGAGAAAGAAUUGAAAUCUCCAGCUGCUACAAAAGAUAAAGAAUAUGCUAAAGAAAAGGAAGGAAAGAAUCCUACGUCUUUAAAAGAUAAAGAACAUGCCAAAGAAAAGGAAGGAAAGAAUCCUACGUCUUUAAAAGAUAAAGAACAUGCUAAAGAAAAGGAAGGAAAGAAUCCUACAUCUUUAAAAGAUAAAGAUUCUCUAAAAGGAAAAAAUCCCAAGAAUCCAGAGGGAUCAAAGGAAAAAGAGACUAGUAAAAGAACAGAUGUGAAGCCUUCAGCAGCCUUAAAGGAGAAGGACUCUCCAAAAGGAAAAGAAAUCAAGGCUUUAACUACAAAAAAGGAUAAAGCUGCAGUGAAAAAGGAGGAGGAGAAGAAAGCUACCUCAGAGAAACCUCAUGAACACAAGCAUGAACAUGUUAAACAUGAAAAAGCUAUCUCUAAGACUAAACCAGAGGAGAAAAUUAAACAACAAAAGACAACUCCUACUGAGAAAUCAGUCCAGGCAAAACCAGCAAAGCAUGAAGCAGUCAGACAUGAAAAAGCUGUUCCACCUACAAAACCAAUCAAACUGAAAAACACUGCAAAGUCAACAGGUGAAACCCCAACAACAGCCACCAAAAAAACAAAAACAGCUAAGGAAAAAGAAGAAAAACCAAUUGAGAAGAAACAUCUGAAAGAGGAAAAAAGCAAAGGAGUGCCACCAGUAAAAGAAGUUCCACAACAUCACAACCUGACAUCAGCUCCUGUCCGCUACUUUCAAUGUGUCUUCCUAAAUGGACCUAAUGGAUUUGGACUGCAAUUUCCCACUAAUCCCCCUUCAAACAAGGAAGAAAAGACUCACUCAAAGGCUUCCAAGAGAAAGACAAGGAAACCAGGGCAGUAGAAAGACUGAGUCCUGUGGUUGCUCACGUUUUGCACUUUAUCUUUUCUGCCGGGGUUCACAGUAGUUACAGUGGUACUGCUCAUUGCAAGAAUGUGAUCCACUUGGACACGUGUACCUGGAAACAGUUUCCAUGGGCAGAGGCAAAACAAGCAGUAAUGAACUGUAUUUGACAAAGGUAGAACCAUAAAAGUGCCCCAUUUCUUGUGGAAAUGCAAUGUUAACAAAGUGUUGACCUGAUUGUGUGUGUGUGUUUUCCUGCCUCUUUUGCUCUUCUUGUUUUUCUUUAGCUACCUGCUCAGCAUUGAAGUGAGUCUGUUUUCCAUUUAAUCUUAUCUCAGGAGUGAAAGGUUGAAUGUAGCUCUUAUAUCAGCAAGAUUGCAAGACUACCUGCAAUCCUGAAUCAUUUCUUCUUAAUGUUCAAUCAGACUGAUGACAGGAAAAAGCCUCACUAAGUCAUGAAAAUGUGCUCUCUGACUGGUGCUAUUUUUAUGUCUCAUUGACCAGUGUGGUCUGAAGCUCACACUUGCUCUGAGCCCCUCAGUAUACUAUCAGUACAUUGACUCCACAAAUCAUGUUAAUGAUGAAUAUUUCUGUUAAACUUGAAGCAGCAAAAGCAUAGUCUGUUUGCCUUGCCUGUUUGAGAAAUACUAAGUCUUUCCUUUCUAAAGCCCAAAGUGAGCAGAGAAAGUGAAAUAACAAGGCAAAGGUGAGGAAAACCAACAUGAAGGUCCCAAGAAACAGAUUCAAUAAUUUUAAUACUUCUACUUUUCUUCUGUGGGUAAAUCACAUAGACUUUUAGAAAAGACCAAGUAAAUGGAUAAUAUACCAGCCAACACUAAAGUAACCCAGCUUUCCAAUAGGUAAACAUGAUAGUUUAAUGCAAACUCAGAUCAGUGAAUAAAAAAUGUGUCAAUGAACAAUGAGUGUACAUUUCUGUAGAAAUAAAGAACAUGUUGCCUUAGAGAAAAAGAAGGGAUGGCAUAUGAUCCAUUUGAAGGCACAAGACUGAAAACUGGCAUCUGAAUUGUCUGUACAUUGGCAGUGUAAAUAAUCAUGCAUUUUUGCAAGCUGCUAUUUGUUUGCAUUUUCUUACUAUGUUUUUUGCAUUUAGUCUGUGAAAUGUACUGCAGUGACCUUAUAUAGCUAGCUGGUUAAGUAGCAUGAUGCUCUUUGUACAACCCAGCUACUUGUAGGUUCUCAUCACACUAGUAACUAUAUACUGCUUUUUUAUUUUUAGCAUAUUUAAGGAUAACAUCAGCCCCUUCCUUCAUCCCCUCUCCGUGCCAACCCAUUCUUACUUUAAUCAAAUAAUUUACUUGCAUGAGUUUGGGACAACUGAGUCUUGGGUGGGUUAAUGCAACUGAGAAAGAUUUCUUUUUGCACUGCUGGGUCAGGUUGAUAAUCUCUGAUUACUGUUCAUGGCCUUAUACAAACUGGGUUCUUGUUCUCAAUAUGCUCUCAUACUGCACAGAUCUUGUGCUGCAAAAAACUCUCAUUGCAACAAGUUGUCUAGACAGUGAUUUCUGGAAGGAGGUAGGAACAUGUCCCGCCCUAGGAGCAGGUCUUCCCACAUAGGAGCACACUGCAGAUAGAAGUGUGAAUGCCUCCACUGUCACUGUGAAAUCUGCUCUGGAGACAGAGGUGUCAACAGAGAACAUUUCAUGGUAAAAUGACAAUCUUUAAUUUUCUUUCAGUGGGCCUUUUUAUAUUUCCAGUCACUUUUUUCCUUUCCAAUUUGUGGUUUUGUAUAUGUUAUUAUGGAUGUUAUUGUCCUAGGGUUUUACUGUGGAAGUGAUCUUAAAGUGAGAUUAUAACUUUCUGAAAUCAGUUAAUUUAAUUUGAGAGUUUACCUAAUUCAAAUAAUAUGGACAAAAUUUAAAUAUACUAUAAGAUGGGGGGGGGGUUAGCUUCUUUUGGCAAAAUAAAUUUUGUUCAUUAUCAGCCUUAAUCCUUUCUUCCCGUUUGAUUGUGACAUGUCAAGAAUAUGUUCAAGAUCUCAUUUCCAUAAUGUUUUAAUUAGAUAUCUGAAGGCUUUGGAAAUAUUAACAAUUAAUUUCACUGAAUAAGUGAUAUAAAAUCAGUCAUUUAUUGUUUUCCAAACUCAGUCACUGCCUUGAAGAAUGGGAGAAAGAGGUGCACUCUUGAAGUGGAAAGCAUUUUUCUCUUUAAAUUCACCUGGAAACUUUAAAAAAGUUGGAUUUCAUGUUUUCACUCAAAUUAGCCUUAAAUUUUGCAAAAUCAUAUGCUGAUUGUUAUCUAUUUUGGAAAAUAAACAAUACAAACCAA